AGUGCAUUCUUGUUUUGGGUACAACAUGGAGGAUUUUCUGCUAAGAAUUUACAAUUAUGUUUGGGAUUCAUAUUUUUGGUUGCCUGAAGGAAUGUCAUGGAGAGAUUUAGAAAGCAAAGAUCCAAAUAUUUACUACGGACGGGCAAAAGAUAUCCAUUGGUGUGUUGUGGUGGGAUUGUGUUUUCUCGUAAUACGUUAUCUCUAUGAAAAAGUUUUUGUAACACCGAUUGCAAGAUGGAUUGGAAUAAAAGAAAGAAAACGAAGAGUGAAACCAAACUCUGCUUUAGAAUCUGCUUUUCUUAAAUAUAAUAUAAAGUUACCUGAAUCUGUACUGAAGGGAUUAUCCAAACAGACAGAUAUGAGAGAACAAGACAUACAGAAAUGGAUGAUGAUUCGCAGAAGACAAAAUAAUCCAACAGCUAUGGAUAAAUUUUGUGAAUGCAGUUGGCAUUUUUUAUUUUAUUUAACAAUAUUUAUAUAUGGUUGUGUUAUUCUAUACAAUAAAGAAUGGAUGUGGGAUUCAAAACUGUUUUGGAAAAAUUGGCCUCAGCCAGUAACUAAUGAUGUUUAUUGGUAUUAUUUGAUAGAGAUGGGAUUCUAUUGGUCCUUGGUAUUUACAUUAUUUACCGAUGUUAAAAGAAAGGAUUUUUAUGAAAUGGUGAUACAUCAUUUUGCUACUUUGACAUUGACAUAUUUAUCAUGGGUUUUAUGUUUUUCACGUGUUGGAUCGUAUAUUUUAGUUCUACAUGAUGCAGCUGAUUGGUGGUUGGCUCUGGCUAAAUUGGCUAAAUACAGUAAUCAUCAAACUGUCUGUGAAGGUGCCUUUACUAUGUUUGCUGUAGUGUGGAUAAUUACUAGAACUGGUAUAUAUCCAUAUAUUCCAUUAGCCAGUUCUAUGUUUGAGUUAAAUAUUUAUAUUAAACCUUUCAUGAUGCAUAGAGUGUUUUUAUGUUUGCUGGUAUUACUACAAAUUCUACAUGUUAUGUGGACGUUUUUUAUUCUUCGUGUUUGUGUUCAGAAGAUGAACAGUGGACAGCUUCAGAGAGAUUCCCGAAGUGAUUCAGAGAGUAUCGAAACAAGUGAAGGAGAGGAGGAAAUUAAUGGCCAUGCCCCAAACCACACGAAUCCUGAUGUAGCUCAAGUGACACGCAGAUCAAAGAGAUUAGCCAAUAUUACAUCUUGAUCUUAAUCCAACAUGUUUAAUUAAGGGUAUUAUUUUUUUGUACCUGUUUGGGUUUUUUUUGACAUUGUUAUUGCUUGAUAUUUCACAAUAUUCUGUCAGAAUUCACAACAUUAAACAACUAUCUUACAGAACGUAACCUUAUUUAAUUUGGAUUGAAAUAUGAAAGUUUUGUUAUGAUAUGGUUUUUAUACGCCCACAUUUUCAUGUGGACGUAUAUUGUCGUCGCCCCUGUCCGUCCGUCCGUCCACGAUUUGUUUGUGGACUCUCUACAGGUCACAAUUCUUGUCCGAUUUUGACGUAACUUGAAAUAUAGGUUUAUCUCCAAAAGAUCUCAGCUGCUUACGAUAUUGGCAUGUAUCGGAUCGAAACUUCAUUGAUUAUAGCCCCUGUUUGUACGUUAAAAUCACGUUUUUAACUUGUGGACCCCAUAGGGGUCACAAUUUUUAUCCGAUUUUGUUGAAACUUGACAUGUAAGUUUAUAACCCAAAGAUCUCAGUUCCUUUCGAUAUUCGUGCAUACUGGACCGUAACUUCCUGAAUUAUGGCCCCUGAAUGUACGAAAAAUCGCGUUUUUAGCUUGUGGACCCUAUAGAGGUCAUAAUUUUUAUCUGAUUUAAAAAACGUAUUAUUAUAUCACCGUUGCACCCUAAGGAAGGUUGAGUUCAAAUUUGGGGAAAAUCGGACCAAAAUUGCCGGACAAAAUGGCCGCCGUUUGUACACGAAUAGUGUAAAAAUAGGGUAAAUCAAGGUUGUGGACCCUGUAUGGGUCACAAUUUUAAUUCGAUUUUGAUGAAACUUGAAAUGCAUGUUUGUAACCUAAAGAUCUUGGUUCCUUUCGAUAUUGUCGCAUAUCGGAUUGUAACUUCCUGAAUUAUGGCCCUCGAUUAUACGAAAAAUUGUUUUUUUUUGGCUUGUGGACCCUUUAUAGGUUAUGAUUUUUAUCUGAUUUAAAAAACGUAUUAUUAUAUCACCGUUACACCCUAAGGAAGGUUGAGUUCGAAUUUGGGGAAAAUCGGACCAAAAUUGUCGGACAAAAUGGCCGCCGUUAGUACGCGAAUAGUGUAAAAAUAGGGUAAAUCAAGGUUGUGGACCCUGUAUGGGUCACAAUUUUAAUUUGAUUUUGAUGAAACUUGAAAAGCAUGUUUAUAACCUAAAGAUCUUGGUUCCUUUCGAUAUUGUCGCAUAUCGGAUCGUAACUUCCUGAAUUAUGGCCCCUGAUUGUACGCAAAAUCGCCUUUUUUAGCUUGUGGUCCCUCUGGAGGUCACAAUUAUUAUCCGAUUUAAAAAAACCUUUGAUUAUAUCACUGUUACACCGUAAUGAAGGUUGAGUUCAAAUUUCGUGAAAAUAGGACCAAAAUUGCCGGACAAAAUGGCCGCCGCUUGUAUGCGAAUAGUGUAAAAAUAUGGUAUAUGUCAAGGUUGUGGACCCUGUAGAGGUCGCAAUUUUAAUUUGAUUUUGAUGAAACUUGAAAUGCAUGUUUAUAACCUAAAGAUCUUGGUUCCUUUCGAUAUUGUCGCAUAUCGGAUCGUAACUUCAUGAAUUAUGGCCCCUGAUUAUACGAAAAAUCGCCUCUUUUAGCUUGUGGUCCCACUGAAGGUCACACUUAUUAUCUGAUUUUGAAAAUCGUUUGAAUAUAUCACCGUAACACCAUAAUAAAGGUUGAGUUCAAAUUUCCUGAAAAUCAAACCAAAACUGCCGGACAAAGUGGCUGCCGCUUGUAUGCGAAAGGUGUAAAAAUAUGGUAUAUCAAGGUUGUGGACCCUGUAGAGGUUACAAUUUUAAUCCGAUUUUGAUGAAACUUGAAAUGUAUGUUUAUAACCCAAAGAUCUUGGUUCCUUUCAAUAUUUGCACAUAUCGAAUUGUAACUUCAUGAAUUAUGGCCCUUGAUUGUAGGAAAAAUCACUUUCUUUUUAGCUUGUUCUCUAUCCAUCUCUCAAAAAUGUGGGCGUAUCCUGCCUGGCAGCCGCUGGGUUUUUUUUGUAAUUUCUCUUAGAUUCAUUCAGUAGACAUGUAAUAAAUCAACUCUAUAGACAAAAGUAUUUAUCUCGAUAUUUUAUAAUAAAUCAAAAAAGGUGUAAAAUUUAAAAUUAACAAGAUUAAAAUGUUUUUGUAAGGUAUGUUCUGUGAUAGUCAAAUGAUUCUUUAAAUGUAAAUGCACUUCAAAAACUUAAUAUAUCUAUCGGUAGUGUACAAUAUACGGCAGUCAAAGAUCUUCCAGUUUUUGCAUUUUCUAAGGUACUUAUAAUUGGUAAUAGUGACAAGAAAUAUAUAAAAAAAAGUGUUAAUUAUCCUUUAAUUAGUGUUACAUUUUCUUGGUUGGACAGAUGUUUGAAUCAAACAAUCUUUCAAGCUGACGUUCGGUUUAUUUCAAGAAGAAAUCUCUUCUAUUGUACUUUUCUGUUGAGAUCAAAUAGUAGAUAAUGCUAGAAGUAAAGUUUAUUUUUUCACUUGUUUCAUUUGUAUAUAAAAUAUUUGUAUAUAGAAAUCAUUCUUGCUCUUUAUUAAAACUUCAUAAUAUUUGCCAGUAAAAAUAGACUUGUUUUUUUCUCUAUAAAAAUAUUGAGCUAUUUAUUACUCACUGUUUGUAAUUAUAAAUUAUAAUUAAUUACAAAAAAUAGUUGGUUAAUAUUCUUGGUUUAAAUUAUAGUUACUUAUAAGAAAUAGUUGGUUGUUAAUAUUUAUGACUUGGUUGUUGUUAAAAUAGUGAUUAAUUAGAGGUAAAAUCAAUAUAACCAGUCCCGACACAAGAUUAAAUAUUACUAGAAUAAAUCUUAAAGGCCUAUUAUUACUUCAUGCACUUUAAAAUCAGUGGCAUUUUCCUGGAAAAAAAUAAUAUUAAAAUGGACUUGUCUCAAAAUAUUCUUAUAAAUGUUAUAUUUUAAUUUUCUUACAAUUUUAACAUUUGUUUUCAAAUCCAAAGACUGCUUUAUUAAGUUUCAUUAAAAUCUUUUUCUAUUUGUAUUUUUACAGAAUUAAAUUAUGUAAUGAGGUUGUGAUUUGUACAACAUGCAAGCAAUCAUUUUGUAUAUUUGGUAAUAAGAUAAUUAGGAAAGUAAAAAAUAUGAGAUCAUUUUGUAUAUUUGGUGAUAAGAAAAAGUCAAUCAUGAAAUUACUGCAAGGGAACCAACUUAUUAUAGUAUGAAAUUAAAUAAUAACCAUUUAAAAAUUUUAAUAAUACAUGAAAUGAACAUGAGUUGAGAUAUUUAAAUUAACAAGGUUAUUUAUAAUGUUGCAGUUUAAUCUAUUUAUUAGAUGUCUACACAAAAUUCUAUGUGAAAUAUAUGUGCCUUUAUUGAUAUUUUUGAAAAAGUAGUUUUAUUUAACAAAGGCGUAAAAAAUACCCUCAAAUGACACCUAUUUUUAUAUCUAUCCUGUAAAUUAAAAAGUUAUCCCAAGUGUGUGAUCGGUCAAUUCUCAUCUCAUCCUGCAAUAUAACUUACUAUUUUGCUUAAUCGUGUUUUUAGAAUGAAGGCCAUUUGAUAGAAAAAUAUUUACCUAAAAACAAUUAUUUGGAAAGAUAUGUCGCUGUUUAACUUGAUAGACACAUUGCGCUAUAUUACCUGUAGUUCAUCAUAUGUCGCUGUUUAACUUGAUAGACACAUUGCGCUAUAUUACCUGUAGUUCAUCAUAUGUCGCUGUUUAACUUGAUAGACACAUUGCGCUAUAUUACUUGUAGUUCAUCAUAUGUCGCUGUUUAACUUGAUAGACACAUUGCGCUAUAUUACCUGUAGUUCAUCAUAUGUCGCUGUUUAACUUGAUAGACACAUUGCGCUAUAUUACCUGUAGUUGAUGAUCUGAAAAACUAACAUUAACAUCUCAAUAAGUCAUAUGAAAGUCAUGAAGGUAGCUGUGUAAAAAUUAUGUAUAUGGUCAACUGUUUUAUCAGUUAUUUAAUUUUACUUUAAAAUAGCAUACAUAUACCAAUAAACAAGGCGUUACAUGAGACUAGAUUCAUUGGCCUAAAAGAAUCUGGAAGUUAUAUCUGAUUGGUUAAACAAACAAUUCUCCACCAAUGAGUGAUUAUUUUCAUGCUGUGUAUUUGUGAAUGAGGUUAUUGUGAUGUUAGAUAUAUAAGGCGUGUAAAUCCUGAUGAUCCUAGUCCAAUAAACAUUCCUCUCGUACCAUCAUUGGACUUGGAUGGAUGUAUAAACUAACUGCCCUUUAUCACUGUGUCUAGUUUAUCAAACAAAAGAGCAGGGCUUUUUAUUUUCUAAUUAUUUUGUAUAAGUUUAGUACAGUAUAGUCUAGUUGGUGCUGCCGUGCCAUUAAAUGCCAUUUUAUUAUUUUAUAUCUGAUAAAAUGUUCAAUUGAAAUACACUUGUACAGAUGAGAUUUGCUGUCAUGAAUGAUAUAAGUUUAUGUAUGUAGUAUAUUAAAUCUGAUUGGUUGUAAAUAUAAAUCAACACAAUAAAAUCUUUAUACAUCA